GUCAGUCAGAGUACUAGAGGCAGCGUAACAGAACCAGGAUGACUUUCAGCGUGUGGUUGUUGGUGUGUUUCUGUGGUUUAACUUUGGGCCAGGAUGUUUUACCUGAAACAGAAGUAGCUACUGAAAUCGAGUCAUGCUUUCCUGACAUGUGUAAGUUCCUCAAAGAGUUUGGAGCCAUGAAAGCUAAACUAGAAACUGUGGAAACAAAGCUGAAAGAGAAAAGUGAAGCCUUGGAAACGAGACAGACGGAGACUGAAAACCAGGUUCUAGAACUGAAGAAGAAAGAUGCAUCCAACAUAGCAUUUAGUGCUGCAACUGGUGGCAGUGGAAGCAUUGGACCCUUCAACACAGACACAAUCAUAAUCUACAGAAAACUAAUAAUCAAUGUGGGCAAUGCCUACAAUCAGCACACAGGUAUCUUCGUUGCACCAGUUCCAGGCAUAUACUACUUCACCUUCUUUUAUCAUGCCGGUGGAUCACAAAUUGUCAGUCUAGCCCUUAUGAAGAACAGCGAGACAGUUGUGACAACCUCUGACCACCAAACAUCACAUGAUGGGGCUGAUAAUGGAGGCAAUGCAGCUUUGCUGCAACUGCAACAAGGAGACCAAGUGUACGUGCGGAUGUAUGCAAACAGUCACAUCUGGCAGAACGAUUACCUCACCACCUUCAGUGGUGUUCUUCUGCGUCCACUCUGAAAUAAACUAUAUAUGCUACGCUACUAUACGCUUAACGUAUAAGCUUUUAAAUAAAUUUCUUGUCUCCAAACUAAAUUUACUGUUAACAGCCCUCGAGUCAUUUAUUGUGUAAGCACAAGUGGGAAUGAAUCCAGAAUUCAAAUUGUACCCGAUGAAGAAUGACCUUGGAAUAUUUUCUGCAAUAAACCACUAAUGUUUACAAUUUUUCUUUACCUCUGACUUUCCGUCGCAAUUCUGACAUUUUAAAAAACGGUUGAGAAAACAGAAGAUUGUCUACAGGACUUUUUAUUAGCAGAUUAUGCGAAUGGAUCUGACUGUACUUAUAUAUGUUGUUGUUGUUGCAACAACAAAAGGCCUAAAUCAAUGUAUGGUUUCUCUUAAAUGACUGAAUUAUUCACUGAUAAAAAUCUUUAUGCCUCUCAAGACUUUGUAAUUAAACACAUUCUGCAGAACAA